AUGCCUCUUACCAAGUACAAGGCCGCUGCCGUCACUUCUGAGCCAUGCUGGUUCGACCUCGAAGCUGGUGUCCAGAAAACCAUCAACUUCAUCAACAAGGCUGGCCAAGCUGGUUGCAAGCUCGUUGCUUUCCCAGAAGUCUGGAUUCCGGGUUACCCUUAUUGGAUGUGGAAGGUCAACUACCAGCAGUCACUUCCUCUGCUGAAGAAGUACCGCGAGAACUCCCUCCCAAUCGACUCUGAGGAAUUCAGACGUAUUCGCCGCGCUGCCCGCGACAACCAAAUCUACGUCUCUCUUGGCUUCUCCGAGAUUGACCAUGCCACCCUGUACCUCACUCAGACUUUGAUUGACCCAACAGGCGAGGUCAUCAACCACCGCCGAAAGAUCAAGCCUACCCAUGUUGAGAAACUGGUCUACGGUGAUGGUGCUGGUGAUACUUUCAAGUCGGUCACUCAGACUGAACUUGGUCGUCUCGGUCAGCUGAACUGCUGGGAGAACAUGAACCCCUUCCUCAAGGCGCUCAACGUCUCUGAGGGUGAGCAGAUCCAUAUCGCAGCGUGGCCGGUGUAUCCUGGUAAAGAAACUCUCAAGUACCCUGACCCGGCCACUAACGUUUCGGACCCUGCCUCUGACCUGGUUACGCCCGCUUACGCCAUCGAGACUGGCACUUGGACCCUUGCACCCUUCCAGAGACUGAGUGUAGAGGGACUCAAGAAGAAUACCCCUGAAGGUGUCGAGCCUGAGACUGAUCCUACCACCUACAACGGCCACGCCCGCAUCUACAAGCCUGACGGCACGCUUGUGUCUAAGCCUGACCCAGACUUUGAUGGCCUCCUGUUUGUUGACAUUGAUUUGAAUGAGUGCCACUUGACCAAAGCACUUGCCGACUUCUCAGGCCACUACAUGCGACCCGAUCUCAUCCGGUUGCUUGUCGACACCCGACGCAAGGAGCUUAUCACCGAGGCUGAUCCUCAGGGAGGCAUCUCUACCUAUUCUACCCGUGACCGUCUUGGCUUGAACACACCGCUUGAUGGAAGUGUGAAGAAGCAGAAGAAGGUCGUUGCUGCUGAAGCCGAGUCUGCCAACGCUUCUGCGCUCUAG